CAGCCAUUUGUUUUGGGCCUUCGAACGGCCACCGCUUGUUCCAUUAGAGAAGAAAGGAGGAUAGAUAGAAUUAAGACUCACAGUCCAUAGCAGACGCAGAGAAAAGGAGAAGCCAAAUCAGAGAGAGAGAGAGAGAGAGAUGGUAAUGAAGAUAGCAGCAGCAGAAGCAUUUGGAGGGGGAACUCUCCUAUGCUCGUACCGAUUCGGAAUCCGUGACCGUCGAUACCUGAUCUCUCUGGAUUGGCCUCCGACAACAACAACAACAACAACAACAGCAGCAGCAGCAAUUCGUCUUCCUACCCAUUUAAGGACGAGAAGCUUCCUCGACCAUGCUUCUGCCUCUUUGAAGCCCCAUCAGCCUAGACUUGUAUUUGUCGCCAGAGCGGUUGAUUCAACCCAGCCUUCCUCGGCAGCUGCGUCCGAUAAGGCAGUUGUACCCGAUAACGAGUUCUCGCUUGCUAAGGUCUCAUUUGGUGUUAUUGGACUAGCUUUUGGAAUUGCACUUCUUUCAUAUGGAUUUGGAGCAUAUUUCAAUAUUCUCCCCGGUUCUGAGUGGUCAGCAUUAAUGCUAACAUAUGGCUUUCCUCUUGCAAUAAUUGGUAUGGCUCUUAAGUAUGCAGAACUCAAACCAGUGCCAUGCAUAAGCUAUUCAGAUUCUCAAAAGUUGAGGGAAGCAUGUGCUACUCCAAUUCUGAAACAGGUCAGAAAUGAUGUUACAAGAUUUCGUUAUGGAGAUGAACAACAUUUGGAUGAGGCCUUAAAACGAAUUUUCCAAUAUGGUCAGGGUGGAGGAAUUCCACGGAGAAGUGCACCAAUUCUACAAAUGAUUCGAGAAGAAGUCACUGAAGAUGGAAAGUAUUGUUUAGUUCUGGUAUUUGAGGCAAAAACGUUACAGCUAUCAGAUUUUGAACAAAGACAGGCAAAAUUUGCAUCAUUCUUUGGACCCGGAAUCACAGCAGAAAUUGUGAAGGGCGAGAAUGAUCUAUAUGAAGUCCGUCUUAUUUCCAACACAACAUUAUAAAAGGGGAAGGACAAUAAUGGCCUCCGAAGUUUGGACUCUCUUCAACGCAAUAUCAUGGCUGAACCGCUGAAGCAUAUAAUUAUUUCUUUCCACUUUCCACUUGGGUUACUCCAUGAUUUUGUCACUCAUACUGUGGUUGUAAAAUGUAAGGUUGUAUAAUGUAUAAAUUUAGUUCCACAGGUACUAUGAUACCAAAUCUGUAAGAAGCCCUAUAAUGUUUAUUUGGAAAAAAAAUGGGUUCAAGGUAGACAACGAAGAGCAAUUUUUCUCUUCGUUUCGUUAGUGUUCA